AUGCUUUACCAAAGGAAGAUCGAAAUCGGCCGUGUGUGCUACGUUAGAUUGGGAGAAAAUGCAGGAAAGACUGGAGUGGUCGUAGACCUUGUUGACCAGAAGCACUUGCUCAUCGAUGGACCAGACAGCGGACUUGCUCGAUCAGUCUUCCGUCUGAACCAAAUAGCAAUCACAGACCUCAAGGUCAAAAUACCACGUGGUUGCAAAACCAAGGUUGUACGAGCAGCCCUUGCUAAGGAUGACAUCCCCGCUAAAUUCCUUAAAUCUGGACUUAGUAAGAAGUCAGAAGCUCAACAAGCUAAAGCAGCUCUUGGAGAUUUCGCUCGAUUCAAGUUGAGAGUAUCCAAGACCGCUCACAAUAGAAAGAUCAGAAGCACCGUGCGAAAACUUAAGAAAUCCAGUUAA